AUGGGCAGGACGCGACCGCUUGUCUCUGACCAUCUUGCUCAGGAGCUUUGUGUUGCCCUGGAGCACGACUGCGCGGAGCUGCAAGCAGCCAAGGAAGACACAGAGCAGAAGGCACUGGAGCUGUGGAAAGAGAGAGAACGACUGCGCAUGCAUCCCGAGAGACAAAUAUGUCUGAACAGGGAGCAUGCGGCCUCCCACCAGGAAAGCAUUUAUUCAGCGAAGGAGGAGAGGAGCAGGCUGAUACAGGAGAAGGAGCUUUUGAAAAAGAAACUGCAAGAAAUGCAGCAGAGGGGCCCCGCAGAGGAUCUGGCAGUGCCCGCCCUGCCGGAGAGAUCCAUGGUGUUCAGGGGCCAGGUGACAGACGUGGCGGACACGGGCAUGCUGACGCUCACACCACGGGUUCACUACCCACUGCUGGGGGGCUCAGCCCUUAUCACCUUUGAGCAGUCGGAAGUGGCCCAGAGGAUUGUGGCAAUGAAGGAACAUGUGGUGGAGCUGAGCCACAGUGAGGAGCCAGACCGGUGCCGCAUGCACGUGCGGGCAGAGCCUGUGGAGUUGCUGCUGCCAUCUGCCUUGGAGGUAGGCCUGAGCCGGAGCUGCCAGCAGGUCCUGCUGUCCGGCCUGUCCGGCCUGUCCAGCCUGGGCAUCCCUGAGGACACGCUGCUGGACAAGCUGGAGCUCUUCUUCAGCAAGGCCAAGAACGGGGGUGGUGAGGUGGAGAGCUUGGAGUUCCUGUGCAGUGACCAGGUGGUGCUGAGCUUUGCUCAGGAUGGAGUGGCUGAGAAACUGGUAGCCAGGGGCCUCAUACAGUUCCCCAUCAAGAAAACCGAGUGCGAGAUCAAAAUAUCACCCUAUGUGAGUGGAGAUGUCACCAGCCUGAAGCUCCGGCCAUCCCGCUGCGCCCGGACCGUGCUGCUGCGGGGAAUCCCGGACGUGCUGGACACGGAGCUCAUGCGGGACACCCUGGAGAUCCACUUCCAGAGGAGCAGCCGUGGUGGGGGCGAGGUGGAUGCCCUUGGCUACGUCCCCGAGGGGCAGUGGGCUGUGGCCAUCUUCGAGGAGGACGUGGAGUAG